AUGGUGACAAAUUCUCAAAACAAGCCAGUCCGUAAACAAGAGGAAAAAUGUAGACGAACAGAAGGAAAAUCACAAUGUCGCAGAGGGGUUCCAAAACCUCGAGUCGUACCAGUGGUAGUGACAUUGCCCUCAAAAUUAGCAGCUCCAUCUCCUGCUCCAACUCCAUCGCCGUCCGCUUCUUCAACCCACCCGACUACCGUAGUCCCAACAGUUGCUGCUGUUCAAAUGAAUACGAACGAACCACGUGCACCGUCACCAAACGUCGGGCAUCGUGAGGGAAAAGCCUUUCGGAGAAAGGGAAAGGAAAAAGAGGGCGGAGCACCAGCAGUUGCGAAAUCGACACUUCGUCAGAAGAAGCACUCGGUUUCAACCGAAGCAAAAACGCCGUCUGAAAAUGAUGGGCGAUCUGGGUCGAAAAAUGAUAAAAAGAAGAAGAGCUCGACGUCAUCGGAUGCGGAUAAUAAGUCGGAGGGGUCCAAGGAGCCGUCGGAAAAUGAUGAAAAAACAAAGUCAAUCAAUAAGGAUUUGGCCAAAAAUUUCUUCAAACACAUGCUAGAAUCACAGAAGACUAAGAAGAGGUGUGAUGAUGCGCGCCUGGAAACAAUGCCCGAAUCGAGUCAAAUCAAUCGAUCGACUCGUUCUUUUCGUAACAAAACCAAAAAAGUCCCAAAAAUCGAACCCGAAACUGACAUUUUCAAAGAAAACGGAGAACCUGUUUGGGUGGUUUCAAAUGAUAAUCUAAUGGAACUAAAAAGUAUGGAUGGCGUCCCGAUUUCAAAUCCAGUCCUUGCUCAAGCGAUGGCAGAGGAGGACAUCGAACUGGAUGAGAAAUCGUGGUUCGAGCAAAUUGAUCAGUAUUUGGGAUGUAACCUGCCAACGGGACCACGUUUGCCGGAAGGCUACCAAUUCGACCCAUUUGCACCGGAGGAAGCUUUGGAAGCCAACAACAAAUAUGUUGGGAAGGAGACAAUUUCGUACAAUUCGUGUCAGGCGAUUAUCGAACUCAGUGGUGACGCCAUCAAACGUUUCUCACAAAAACGUGACGGAAUGGAGGAACGGCGACCACAGCAAGCUCCGCCCACAACCACUACCACAGACACUACAGUGCCCCUGCCACCAACACAGAAUAUUUCUCAGGAGUUGUUCCAAGUGCAAGCAGUCCAAUCGACAAUCAAUUUUAAUAUGAAGGGUGUCUUCCGUGUUUUCUAUGAUGUAGGUCGUUUUUAUGGCCAAAAAUUCGGGGGGGGGGGGUACAAUGAUUCGGGGGUGAAAACUACCAAUGAUUCUGGGGUACAACCCAUUUCAAACAGGGGUACAACGCUUGUGAUUCGGGGGUACAAUUUUUUUUGA